AUGGUUAUAAACUCUUCAGGCCCAUGGUGUUUCCUUCUGACUACGGGAAGUGGUGGUGUUGGCCUGAAUCUCACUGGUGCUGAUACAGUCGUUUUCAUGGAUGCCGACUGGAAUCCACAGAAUGACAUUCAGGCGAUGGCUCGUUGUCACCGUAUUGGACAGAAUAGGUUCGAAAUCUAA